UUCCAGAAUCAUCUUCUUCUUCACUAAAAUUCCUUGCCCAGUGUCUCUCUAUCAGACUUUUCUGCUGCAUUUUCUAGCGAAUUUCAAUCAGUUAUGGCGCUUUCCAACUCUUUACCUCUCCCAAUGCAUCUCGACAUUUCCGUCCCUAGAGAAAUCUCCAUUCCUAGGUCUUUCCCAUUUUCUUCUUCUUCUUCUUCUUCUUCUUCUUCUUCUUCUUCUUCUUCUUCUUCUUCUUCUUCUUCUUCUUCUUCUUCAAUAUCAUCUUUUUUCUCUUCCUCUUCCUUUUCCACUCUGACAAAUUCUAAGGGGUUUAAUCCAUUACCUGCUAAGCGGAUCCAUAAAUUCACAAACAAAGCAACACCAGAAUCUGAGAAUUUAGCUGCGGAUGCUUUUACUCAGUUCAAACACUUGCUUCUUCCAGUCACAGAUACAAACCCUUAUCUAUCCGAGGGAACCAGACAGGCAGCUGCAACCACUGCCGCAUUAGCAAAAAAAUAUGGAUCAGACAUCACAGUUUUGGUUAUUGCUGAGAAGCCAAAAGAGUCUUUGCCCGAGUAUGAAACUCAACUGUCCAGCAUCCGUUGGCAUCUCUCUGAAGGUGGAUUCCAGGAAUUCCGCCUAAUAGAACAGCUUGGGAGUGGGAGCAAGCCGCCAACUGCAGUCAUAGGUGAGGUUGCCGAUGAAUUAAGUUCGGAUUUAGUAGUGAUAAGCAUGGACUCUGUACACUCGAAGCAUGUGGACGCCAACUUGUUGGCUGAGUUCAUCCCAUGUCCAGUCUUGCUUUUACCACUCUAAGUUGUAUAAUAUAUGACUAGGUCCCCCUUUAUGUUACCACAAAUCCUUCUUAUCCACAUCCACUAGGUAUAAGGCUCGGUUAAGUUUAUGUAUCAUUAAGUUGUCUAAGCCUCCCGAAAAUGAAUGAAAGAAAAGGUAUCCAAGUCUUAUUGUGUGGAUUCUCAUCCUCGGAUCUUUUUUCAUGUAUUAUCAUUUCAAUCAAAUACAACAAUUUCUUUAAAUUUGAUUCAUAAUUUAGAAGAAAAAUAUAACCAAAA